AUGAUUAGUAAUCGUUUGUUUGGACCGAAACAUCUGAACCUGAAGCUGUUCAGCUCAACCAGAUCAUAUGCUGCAAUUGUCCCUACUCUGUACAAUAAUCUGUCCAAGUGGUUGCAUGCAAGGCAAAUAGCGCAUCGAAACCCAACCCCUAACCCAACCCUCCACCCACCCCUCCUCGCAUUCUUCACAUUCCCCACGGACACCAUGGCCAACGCAACUCAACGCACACAACAAGUGCCCCAGCACGUCACCGCCCUCCUCUCCCACCUCACCUCCCGACCAGGCGUGCAAUCAACCCUGAUCCUCUCCCGCAAAGACGGCUCCAUCAUCCAAAGCACAGGACAAUUAGCACAGUCUGAAGAGAACCGCACUCCAGAGAACCAACUCACAUCUGAAUCAUCCCCUGCCUCGCCCGCCCCACAACCCUACCAACCAUCUCAAGCCGAGACACUCGCAGCCCACAUCUUCGCAUUUGUUUCCAGUGCCGCAGCACUGGGAAUCUCACUUUCACGACCUGUGACAACCAACCAGAAUGGCCAUUGGGACGAGGCGUACGAUAAUGUUAAUGAGGGCGAGGAUCAUGACCUUGAUAGGGAUGAAGAUGGGGAAGUGAAGCUGCUCAGGAUGCGCACGAAGAAACAUGAGAUUGUGGUUGUGCCAGAUCGGAAGUAUCUUCUCUGUGUGGUGCAUGAUGCUGCUCCUGGGCCGGUGGCUCGUCGGUAG